AUGGCAUUCACAACAAAGUCCACCGUCGCCUCCUUCAACGGCCGCAUCCUCAAACUCACGCACCAGUCGAGCAGCACCUCGACGCCCAUGAGCCUCAACCUCUUCCUGCCCAACACGGCAUCGCCAUCCAACCCGGCCCCCCUCCUCAUCUACCUCUCCGGGCUCACCUGCACGCCAGACAACGUCACCGAGAAGGGCUUCCUCCACGCCCACGCCUCGCCGCUCAACCUGGCCCUCGUCUACCCCGACACGUCCCCGCGCGGCACCGACCUCCCCGGCGAGCACGACGCCUACGACUUUGGCAGCGGCGCGUCCUUCUACAUCGACGCCAGCGAGGACCCCUGGGCCGCCAACUACCGCAUGGAGUCCUACAUCGCCACCGAGCUCCCCGACCUCCUCUCCGCCAGCUUCAAACAGCUGGAUGCCCGGCGCGUCUCCAUCUGCGGCCACUCCAUGGGCGGCCACGGCGCCCUGACCCUCUUCCUCAAGAACCCCGGCAAGUACAGGAGCGUGAGCGCCUUUGCGCCCAUCUGCAACCCCAGCCAGUGUCCGUGGGGACAAAAGGCCUUCGCGGGGUACCUGGGCGACGACAAGGCCGAGUGGGCAAAGCACGAUGCCACAGAGCUUGUCAAGCGCUACAAGGGCAACCUGAACUGUCUGGUUGACGUGGGCACCGCAGACGACUUCUACAAGAGCGGCCAGCUGCUGCCGGAGAAUCUAGCCGACGCCGCGAGGGCCGCGGGCGUGGACGGCCUCGACGUGCGCUACCACGAUGCAUACGACCAUUCGUACUUCUUCGUCUCCACGUUUGGCGAGGACCAUGUCCGCCAUGCCGCGCGCGCACUGGGCUUGCUGUAG